AUGAGCGAAUCCAGUCGAGACACCGACUCGGGCAGCGAGGCUGCGCUGAAUCCGGAGACCUUGUACACCAAGGAGUUUUGCAUUGGCGGCGGAAGCUUUGGCAAGGUCUACAAAGGUGUCGACAAGCGAACUGGACAGGCUGUUGCCAUCAAAGUCAUUGAUAUCGAAAACGCCGAGGACGAAGUCGAAGAUAUUAUACAGGAAAUCGCCAUUCUUUCCGAGCUCCAAUCACCAUACGUCACAAAGUACUAUGGCUCGUAUUCGCGAGGCGCAGAGCUCUGGAUUGUCAUGGAGUUUUGCUCCGGUGGCAGCUGUGCUGAUCUCCUGAAACCCGGUUUGAUAAGCGAAGACUAUAUUGCAAUUAUUAUCCGCGAGCUGCUGCUGGGCCUGGACUACUUGCACGCCGACAAGAAGCUUCACCGCGACAUCAAGGCCGCCAAUGUGCUGCUCAGCUCGAGCGGUCAGGUCAAGCUGGCCGACUUUGGCGUCUCAGGCCAGCUCUCCGCAACCAUGACCAAGAAGAAUACAUUUGUCGGAACGCCCUUUUGGAUGGCCCCCGAAGUGAUUCGCCAAUCUGGCUACGACCACACAGCCGACAUUUGGUCGUUGGGCAUCACCGCCUUGGAGCUGGCCAAUGGCGAGCCCCCGUAUGCUGACAUCCACCCCAUGAAGGUUUUGUUUUUGAUUCCUAAAAACCCGCCCCCAAGACUGGAGGGUAAUUUUACAAAGGCGUUUAAGGAUUUUAUCGAAUUAUGUUUGCAAAAGGACCCUCGUGCACGCCCUUGUGCCAAGGACCUUUUGCGGCACCCGUUUAUUAGACGCGCCAAGAAGACAACAUAUCUUACCGAGCUUAUAGAGAGGCAUAGCAGAUGGGCUGCGACACACAAGUCAAACGACGAUGACCACUGGGACGCGGGAGACCGCGCAGCGCCUCUACAGCGUAAUGAGCGCGUAGAUGAAGACAUGUGGGACUUUGGCACCGUUCGUCUUGUCGGCGACCGUGGUGGUAUUGUGUCUCGACCUGGUCUGAAUGACAUGGGGGAUAGCGCUACGAAUGCGAGAGCGGCACGCUCUGCUGAGAACAGUGGUGACUACGGGGAAGGGCGCCGUGAUGGCAGCCCAUCCAAAGCUCGAGACUACACCUACAACCACGACGAUACAUUCAAGACAGCACAGACAGGCACAUCGCGCCAAGUUAGCCCGCAACGGAAGCCUCUGCCCGCACUGGCGGCCGCAGCAUCGGCCGCAAAGGUGCCACUGCCAGCAAGCCCUAUGAAGGGUGCUAGCAUCGAUCGACCCGAGACGCCCAAGCUCAAGGCACCACCCAGCGCAGCCGCUGCCAUGUCUCCGGAUUAUGACGACCAGUUACAAGCACAGCUUCGACGUGAUAUGGGCAUGUUGACGCUUAGCUUGGACGAGCCGCCGCCAUCCAUUUCGCCCGAGGCAGUGCAGCCUCCUCGCCCAAGCAGUAAGCCGCUGCCACCAGUACAAGCGGCGGCAUCAGCAUCUCCAGCUGCUUCGGCCAGCUCGCGAAUCAUUCCCAUGCAGCUGCAGGAAAUACCGCCUUUCCGCGGCAGCGCUAACAGCAGGCAUGGAUCGCAGCUUACGCCGACUAAGCAACACCCGCAGCAACAAUACACACCAACCAAGAACGGCAUGCCCAGCCGCGCUCAGCAGGCUGAGAUUGCGCCGUCACCCAUAUCGUUCCCAUCUCCCGCUGCAGCCAAUCCCAAUGGCGAGCUGGAUGCGCUCAACGAUGUCAUGUUUCCCGCGCUCGAGGAGGCCCUUAAGCGGCGUCAGCAACGGCUGCUGGACAUGUACCCGCCAACACCCAACGGUAUUCCUGCAUCGCAUCGCCAUCAGCAAGCCCACGUAGCGCACGACAAGAUCCGCAAGCUGGUGUAUAAGAUGGCACAUGUGUGCAAGGAGAUUGAUCACCUAGACAAGCUGGAGCCGGUAGGCAUGGGCCGUGAAGUAACCAAUUUCUUGGAGGGUCUCUUGGAAGAGAUGUUGGUUCGGGUCGAGCCUAUCGAAGAAGGGGAGGUCUGA